AUUAAUCCAGAUAAGAAGGAAGAGUAAUAAAGAGUAAACCAAACAGACAAAUGAUUCUACACACGCGUGAUAAACGUGCCAUAUAUUCUUAGUGAACUAUAACAAAAAUAAAAAUCUUGAUUCAGGCAUACGAUACCGGGUGGUGACUGGAGAACAGGCUCAAAAUGGUAGAAGACGACGCGUGGGGGCUAUAAAGAGUGGUGGUCGGUCUCCCCACCAUCUCUCUGUUCUCUCUGACAAAAGGAAAGAAGAGUGUGUCCGUCUCUCUAUUCUCUCUGACAAAAGGAAAGGAAGAGGAGUCUGUGCGUCUGAGUGUGCGUGAGAGAGAGAGACAGAGCUCGUGAACAGUGACCACCCCGUCCUCUCCAAUCCCUCCCUCAGAUUACUCUUCAAUUGGACAUGGACGACCUCCACCACCACCACCACCACCAAGCUAUUGCUCCUCCGCCUCUCGCCGGCUUCCCCUGGGAACCACCACCGCAGGAGGCAAGCGGAGUCACCGCGGAGGAGCUCAAGGAGGCGCUCCUACGCACCACGCUGGAGCUCGAGUCCACCCGAGUCGCCGCACAGGAGGAGCUCCGGCGAAUGGAGUCCCAUGCCCUCCAUCUAACCCACCUCCUCGAGAUCGCCACCCGCGAGCGCGACGACGCCCGCGCCCUCCUCCUCCUCCUCCUCAUGGACCAUAAUCACCAUCUCGCAUCAGUUUCUAACCGUCCCGCCCAGUUGGACGAGGGGAGCAACGUGGCGGCGGCGGGGGGAUUGUCGUCGCCGUCGUCGUCGGAUGGGGGAGGAGUGGAGGAGGAGAGGAGCAACGGGGCGUCGCCGCCGGCGGGGUUGGCGGCGGUGGAGGCGGCGGCGCUGCGGCGGGGGCUGCCGGAGAAGGGGCGUCUACUGGAGGCGGUGAUGGCGGCGGGACCGCUGCUCCAGACGCUGCUGCUGGCGGGCCCGCUGCCGCAGUGGCGCCAUCCACCGCCGGCGCUUCAGACCUUCGAGAUCCCUCCCGUCUCCAUGGGCCUCCUCAACACCAGCAACAACCCCGUCACCAAGAGAGAGAGGGAGGAAGUGGAUACGACGACGACGACGACUGUGAUGGGGUUCGGUGUGGAGCGGUCGCUGUCGCUGCCGAAUUCUUCGACGUCGUCGCCGGAAACCGAAUUCAAUGGCAGCGACGUUUCCGAAUACCGAAGGAUCAGCUCUUUCUACCAGUGACUCUUGCUUUUCUUUUUAUUACUCAGGUUUGGUUACGGGUUAAGUACUUUUCUUGUCAUGCUAAUUACUACUAAAACGUGUAUUUAUUUUUUUGGGGAGUUUGUUAACGUUAUAUAAAUGUAUCUAAUAUAUGAUGAUAUUGAGAGUGAAUUUUCUGAUUA